AUAUUUCAGCGAUGUGUCACAAACAUUUUGUGUAUAUUUUUCUAUGACUGGUGAUUUUCAGAUUUUCAUAUUGUGUCGUCCAGAUAUUUCGCAAACGCCUGCAAAAUGAACAAGUUCAGUAUGCACGAAAUGGCAGAGUUAAUUGAAAUUGUUAAGAAUGAGCCAAUAUUGUGGAGUAAACAUAUCAGAACAUAUCGUGGGGCACCUGAGAGGGCGAACAUAAUGGAUAACAUUGCAAUGCGCUUCAAAAAAUCACCUGCAGACGUAGAGAAGUGCUGGAGUGCGAUGCGAGAGAAGUACAAGCGCGAGAAGUUCAAUGAUUCGUCUGAAGUGUCGAGGAAGUACCGAAAGGAAAGGUGGGAACUGAUGGAUAAGCUCUCAUUCCUGGAUAGUGUCUAUGGUACAGCCCCUUCUAAGCCCCCAAGUAAGCCUCAGAACUUCCAAGUCGGUUCUAUUGUGGAAAUUCUUCCUGCCCCAAACGGAAACAAUGUGACUGUUCGUCGAAUCGCCCCAAAAGCGUUGCCUGUGGUCCCCGGCGAAAUUGUUGGAGUGGGCAAACUCAAGUUAGCAAACUUAGCAGAUUUGCAAGAGAAACCAACGGAGUCACCAAUGCUUCCUGAACACAUUAAAAUUCCUACAUACCCAGCAAAUGUCGAAAGAAUGGGUUCAAUAAGUCCCAUCUUCCUCUCGACAAAUCACGAGUUCAUAUCUGAGCAAUCAGACGCUACGGACUCCGAGAGGCCAGUCUCACCGGUUUCAUCAGUUGCUUCUUCCACGCUCUUCCCAAUCAACACAAUUGAGAAUCAGAACGGAUCCAUUGAAUUCAAGAUGAGUCAAAAAUCGCGAAAAAUCCGGAGGAUGGAAAACGAAAGACGGGAACUUCUGAACACCCUGAAAGUUCUAACACGUAGCAAGAGCGCGGCAGAGUUGUAUGGAGAGUAUUUGACCAAAAAGCUCUCAAACUGGUGUACUGAGAAACAAAACAAAGCCAUUAAGAUGUUCAACAGAGUGAUUUCAGAGGUUGAUGAGGAUUUUUAGAUAACUCAAGGAUGAAUAAAAAUCUAUAUGGAUUUA